AUGGUUUCAUCUCAGCAGACUUCCUAUAUGCAAGAAACCCGAGCUCCUGUUGUGCAAGGAGUGAUGUGGGUGAUGGCAAUAGUCCCUUUGGUGUUUGUUGGGAUGAGACUCUAUGUGAGAAUCUUCUUGAAGCAUGUUUUCGGCUGGGACGAUUUCACCAUCAUCAUUGCAACUGGAUUUUUGAUUGCUUAUGCCGCUGUGUGUCAAGCAGCGACCACCGUGGGUCUUGGGAGACAUCUUACUUUUGUCGAACAAAAUCCGGAUAAUCUCAUCUCAGUGGCUUUGCUCUGCGAUAUUGGUGAGGCUCUAGCAAUCUUGGCUUGCACACUUGGGAAAACCUCGUUCGCUGUGACGCUCUUGCGAAUUGUGGUGAAAAGAUGGAUGAUCAUUUUGCUCUGGUUUGUGAUUGUGACGAUGAAUCUGGUCAAUGUCUUGACGGCAUUAUUUGUGUUUUUGCAAUGCAAAGAUCCUCGGCAUCUAUGGAAUCCUGCAAUUCCUUCAAAGUGUUGGCCGUCUCAUGUGUUCACUGACUAUUCAUUAUUUGUGGGAGCUUACUCUGGAGCUCAAGAUUUUGUUUUGGCCCUGCUACCUUGGACGAUCGUUUGGAACCUGCAGAUGAGGCGGAAGGAAAAGUUUGGAGUGGCAUUUGCCAUGAGUCUGGGAGUGUUUGCUGGCGCAGCUUCCAUCGUCAAGACUACUUAUCUUGUUGCACUUUCAGCCAAGGCAGACUUUACUUGGGAACUCGCUCCGUUACUCUACUGGGCUGCAGUCGAAGAUGGCCUAGCAAUCACCGCCGCCUCUAUCCCAGCUCUCAAGCCUCUGCUCAUGAGACUAUUCCCAAGUUCAUCGGCGAAUGACAACUACAAUAUGAUUUCAUAUCCACCGAAACCAAGCAAUCCGAAAGUCUUCGACAAUUCCCAAGGGGAGGUGAAAACGGACAUCGUGCACCCUCCUAGUCUUGAUGACAGAGAUAGUCAGACGGGGAUUUUAGAUCCGCAAUUAGUAUGUGGAAAAGGGGACAAUGGUAUCAACUAUACAAGAGAACUCUCGGUUACAUAUACCCCGUCUCCAUGA